UCCCAGAACCUUAAAACCCUCUCGUCAAAUCAAGGACUCCACUGGUAUGGUAAAUCUCAGGAUCGAUGAUUAAGAGAAGAGCUUUCUUCAACCCCCAACCGAUGAUUAAAAGUAUUUGGAUUAGCUUCAACCUGUAUUUCUUACUAGUUCCUAUAAAUGCAUCCUAAAACUCUUCCUACGGCGCCUCAAACGCUUCUGGAUUCCGAACCUUUCCACGGCCACCAUGAGACUUGCUCUCCUCUUCCUUGUCCUCAUGGCGAUCCUUUCGUGCACCGCUUGUUACAAGGAGAUAGCCAUGAACAGGCUUGAAGGGUUGGAGAGGCUUGCUUUAAGGACGGUGGUCGGGCCCGAGAGCCUGGCCUUCGACCGCCACGGCCGCGGCCCCUACACCGGCGUCUCCGGCGGCCGCAUCCUCAUGUGGCAAGACAAAGGCCGCGGCUGGACUGGGUUCGCCGUCAAUGCUGCAAACAGGAGGAGGGAAUGCGAGGGUUCCGACGUUUCGAUGGAGAGGGUGUGUGGGAGGCCAUUAGGGUUGCAGUUCCACCACGCAACCGGGGUUCUCUACGUCGCCGACGCCUACUUCGGCCUGCUGGCCGUCGGACCGACGGGAGGAGCGGCGGAGCUGCUCGCCGCGAGCGCCGAAGGAGUGCCCUUCAACUUCACCAACGGCGUGGACGUAGACCAGAAGACCGGGGUGGUGUACUUCACCGAUAGCAGCACGCAGUACCAGAGGCAGGAUUACAUAUUGGCCGUCGUGACCGGCGACUCGACCGGACGACUGAUGAAGUACGAUCCGGGAACAAGAAAGGUGACGGUGCUGCGGCGGGGCCUCCGCUUCCCCAACGGAGUCGCGUUAAGCGGCGACGGAAGUUUCCUCCUCUUUGCGGAGACGGGGACUUGCAGGGUCAUCAAGUACUGGCUUCGCGGCCCCAAGGCGGCCACCACGGAGGUGUUCGCGGAGCUCCCGAGAUACCCUGACAACAUCCGGAGGACGCCGGGGGGUGAGUACUGGGUGGCGCUGAACGGCGAGAAGAUCGACCUCAACGGUGCCCCCAAGGCGGAGGCAGCGACGGAGCACCCGGUGGCGAUGAGACUGAGCGCGGAGGGGAAGCUGGUGGAGGCGUUGGACGGAGAGGAAUUGGCUUCUGUGAGCGAAGUGGUGGAAGAGAGCGGAAGCGUUUGGGUUGGUUCCGUUGAAAUGCCUUACGUCGAUGUGUACAAGCUCUAGCUUCAUGUAUGCUUUAAUGUUCGUACCACCAUCACCAUGCAAGCUUUAAUGUUCGCACCUCA